AUGGUGGUGUUUCUUUUGAUGAGGGCGGUCAUGACGCCGCCGGCGGUUUCGAUACCCAACGAUAACGGGGUCACGUCGAGCAACAGCAGGUCCUGCACCUCCUCGGACUUGUCUCCGUGCAGGAUGGCCGCUUGUACGGCCGCGCCGUACGCGACGGCCUCGUCCGGGUUGAUCGAUUUGUUCAGCUCCUUGCCGUUGAAGAAGUCCUGCAGCAAUUUCUGA